AUGAUUAGCAUGCAGCAGCAAACGAUUUUGAAUAAUGUAACCGGGCCCGAGCAGCCACAGGAAGAAGUGCAGCUGACCGAAUUGCUGCCAGUGAAGCAAUCGCAUAUCAGAGAAAAUGUCUUCAAGGAUACCGACGCGACCGAUGCUCUGAGGGCACUCAGGAGUCUCUCGGGCGACUGCAGCGAUGGCGAUAGCUUUAACCUGCGGGAAUUUAACUUCUGCAAGAACGUCGAACAAUUGGAACGUCGGGGCAGCAAGCAUCGACGAGUGGAGGUUUGUCGCAAAAAAACGAAAGAAAUCAAGAACAAUGCUAAAAACGUAGAUUUUUAUCAAGAGAAAAAUAGCGGGGUGGUGGAGAAGAAAGUAACAAUACGUAACAAUAGCAAGAUCGCUCACGUGAAAGCGUCGAAAAGGAAACUGACGAGCUCGUCAAGCAAGAAGAAGGAUGACGACGGGGAAAGUAAUUAUGGCAUGAAUGAGAAAUCGAUUAGGAAGAAUACUACUGAAUGCGACGAAGAAUUCCAACACCACUACGACGAAGAAGACGAGGACGAACAAUUGUACUUGGACCUGGAAAAGAAAGACUGCUUUAAGGACGAGAUUUACGUAUAUAGACGGGAACCGUUGGAUCCGUGCUCGAGUUCGGAGCCAGAGGAACUAGGUGCGAUCAGUCAUAAGGAUUUUUGUGAGGAUUAUCCUACCACGGAUGGAAAAUUAUUUGAUGGAAAAGGAACGUUUGUUGAAAAGAUAUCCAACGUAGAUAACGUAGAGAAAGACAAAUUCAAAGCAGAUGACAUUACUGAGAAAGAAAUUCCCGAAAAGGAGCUGAGAUUAAAGAUCGACGCCAUCAUUCAAGCGAAUUACUUGCUCGAGCGCGAAAAUAAUAACGUUGUGGGUUCCGACGAAUCAAAGAUCAAAAUCGUAGAGCACAUUGGCACCUCCUCUGCUUCCGCGGAAACGAAAAAGACGAAGAGGAAACGAAUUGAUCAUGAGAAGACCAGACAAUUGAAGGAUCAACAGAAUUCUCAGAAGAAAUACUGCUGUGUCGUAUGCGACGCGCGUUUCAAGGGUAGCGGUGGUUUGCGAAAUCACUACAAAGUAGUGCACGGUGCCGGACCGGUGUUCAAGUGCGAUGAGUGCGGUAAGGAGUUUCCAUUGAAGGAACGGUUGAAACUGCAUGUGCGCACACAUACCGGCUUCAAACCGUACAAGUGCCCGGAGUGCGAUAAAAGUUUCGCGCGGGGUGGCCAGCUGGUACAGCACCGUCGCACGCAUAGCCAGGUCAGGCCGUUCCACUGUAAGCUGUGCUCCAACACCUUCACGUGCGCGGCCAAUCUGUCGCUACACUUGAAACGUCACAACGGCCAGAAGGAUCACAAGUGUGACCUGUGUGGACGCGCUUUCGUGCGACGCGACGCCCUGAAGAAACAUCUGGAAUGCCUGCACCGUGACGUCAAGUCAUUCCUCUGCGCGAUCUGCAACAAGACCUUUAAGGGCCACCUACCGCAGCACAUGAGGACACAUGCGCGCGACCGUCCGCACGGCUGUGCUACGUGCGGCCAACGAUUUGCUCAAAAGUCCCAGUUGACCGUGCACCAAAGGACCCAUUCUGGCCAGCGGCCGUUUCGCUGUCUAGUCUGCUGGCAAGCUUUCGCUCAUUCGACCGCUCUGAAGCUGCACACUCGACGUCAUACCGGGGAACGGCCGUUUAAGUGUCCCGAAUGCAAUGCCGGCUUCACUCAACUGCCACACUGGAAGAAGCAUAUGAAGUGCAUACAUGGCAGGAGCGAUCCAUACGGCUGCAAGCGUUGCAAGAGAUUUUUCAGGAUUAAAAGCGACCUGGAAAGUCAUGAGAAGACUUGUCAUCCAGAAAUGGAGGUGGAGGACGACGAUGGUGGCGUCCCGGCCGGUAAACCGGCUGGCUGCUCCGAGAUCGUUGAGAAGAAUUCUGUCACUGCGAAAUAUAAACUAAUGACGGUGGAGAAGAUGCGGUUGCUGUUGGCAGUACUGUUGAAGAGGAUCAGCAAGCAGGAACGGUUGGACGAGCUCGGCUUCGGUAAACGUCUUAUCGACGACGUUCUUCAGGAUUCCCUGGUGUCCGCUGGCAAAGAACCGGUCACGAGGAGCGGCUUGUCCGAGCUUGAGGCUCUCACUCGAAACUUAGAAAUUUUUCUAGAAUGGACAGUACCGAAGGAGCAUUGGGAGAAUUUCCGUAAAAUGAAAAAAUCACCCGAAGAUAUUCUGGAGACGCUCACAGCUACGUAAACACGU